AUGAAUCACUCCUCUUUGGACAUCACAAUAAUAUUGACUUCAUAUGGAUCCUUUCGCCCACUGAAUUACUUAUUUUUCACUCUUACAUUUAUUUUCUACCUCCUCUCAGUCUUUUCUAAUGUUUUUCUGAUGCUGGUUAUCUAUUUUGAUUCCAGCCUACACAAACCCAUGUACAUUUUUCUGUUUAACUUAGCAGUAAACGGACUGAUAGGAAGCUCUGCUGUCUGGCCAAAAGUAAUGGAAAACCUUCUUUCAGAUAUUCAAAAGAGCUCACUUGCAGGUUGUCUGGUACAGGCCUUUUGGGUGUCUCUCUAUGUAGUUUCUGCGUAUACCACUUUCUCAGUCAUGGCCUACGACCGAUACGUCUCCAUUUGCAAGCCUUUGCAGUACCACAGCAUCAUGACUCCUGUAAAAGUGAGAACACUGCUGACUGCAGCCAACAUUGUACCUCUCUCCUCAAUAUUCAUUCAAGCGUAUCUGAUCUCCAGACUACCACUGUGCAGUUACAGCCUUCACAAGCUGUUCUGUGAUAACCUGGGAAUUGUUAACCUCUCCUGUGUGAGAAGUGUUCUGAUAAAUCUAUAUGGUAUAUGCUUCGUUGCAGCCUUAAUUGGUUUCCCUUGUAUUAUUGUACUUCUCUCUUAUGCACUGAUUCUCAAUGUGAGUCUGAAAGCCUCGAAAGAUGCACAAAAGAAAGCACUCAGCACAUGUUCUCCUCAUUUAAUCACCUUCAUAAAUUUCUCUCUGGCCUCUCUUUUCUCUGUGAUUUAUAGUAGACACAGUACAUUUCUACCAGGAGAAAUUAAUAUUUUAAUGAUUGUGGAUACUUUUGUGAUUCCUCCUCUAUUGCAUCCAAUCAUAUAUGGGAUCAGAACACAGGAGAUCAGAAAAUGUGUUGUAAAAACAGUGAGGAAAAAGAAGAGACUUUUCAGGAUGCUUUGA